UCUUUAUAAUCCGAUUGUAUGUUGGAAUUUAUUCUUUCAGAAAAUGGUUGAGGAAAAUUUCGAGGAACAGGACGUAGAUAAUGUGAAGGAGGUCAAUAUCGAGAAUCCACAGGAGGUUGUGGAGGAAUUUUCUGAGAACACUGAUCCACCUGAAGAAGUAAAAGUCGAAAAUGAAGAACUGAAAGUGGACAACGGUGAACGUGUUGUUGCUGAGGAAAAGAAAUGGCCUGGGUGGCCUGGAGAGAACGUGUUCCGACUGUUAGUUCCUGCUCAAAGAGUUGGUGGUGUCAUUGGACGCAAAGGGGAAACUAUUAAAAAAAUAUGCGAGGAGACAAAGGCUCGAAUUAAGAUUCUCGAAAGUGGCCCUGGCUCCAUGGAAAGAACUGUAAUGGUUUCUGCAAAGGAAGAGCCAACUCUUCAAGUUCCACCUGCUGUCGAUGGGCUUCUGAAGAUCCAUAAACACAUUAUCAGUCUAGAGUCAGAUCCAGCCAAUGUACGAUCAGGUCAAAUUUGCACAAGGCUUCUGGUGGCAGCUUCCCAGGCUGGCAGUUUGAUUGGGAAGCAGGGUGCUACUGUAAAGUCUAUCGAAGAUGAUUCAAAUUGUAGCAUUCGUGUGCUUGGUGAAGGGAACUUGCCAGUAUUUGCUCUUCCAGAUGAUAGUGUAGUUGAGAUACAGGGAGAUCCUGCAGGUUUGCAAAAGGCAGUUGAACUAAUUGCUACACAUCUUAGGAAGUUUUUAGUGGAUCGAAGUGUGAUUGGAGUAUUUGAGAUGCAGGCAAGUCCUAGAGCUCCUUUUUCCAAGUCUACUCGAUUUAAGCAGAUGCAAAAUCCAAACUUUGGAGCAAACCAGAACUCACCCCCAUCAAAACCUUGGGGGCCUCCUCAGCCAGCUUUCCCGAUGAAUGCUGGUAGACACGGUUAUGGUCCCGAGCAUUCGUCUGUGGCGCCUUAUCCACGUCAAUAUGAUAAUUCUUUCCCUCCGGUAGACAUGCAACCUCGUCGUCCUCCUGCUUAUGGUAUGGGCUUGCCAAUGGGAGGGGCGCAGACGAAUAAUGUGCAGCAGCCUCAAGCAAUGAUUACCAAGGUCACACAGAACAUGCAGAUUCCACUUUUAUAUGCUGAUGCUGUUAUUGGAAUUAAUGGUUCAAAUAUAAGUUACAUUCGUCGUGCUAGUGGUGCAACUAUCAUAGUGCAGGAAGCUAAAGGUGUUCCUGAUGAGAUGACUGUGGAAAUAAAUGGGUCUUCAUCACAAGUCCAAACCGCUCAACAGUUGAUACAGAAUUCGCUUGCCGAAGCCAUUAGCAGUGGACAAAAUCCUGGCGGAGUGCCGGCAAGAAGUCAAGGAUAUAAUCCUUAUGCAUCAUCUCAUGGUCAGCUUGGCUACCAGCAAACUGGAGGAGACUAUAAUUAUGGUUAUUAGAGAUUGUGUAAUGUUGUUUUUGGAUUUUAUGGCUUUUACUUUGUACAAAACUAGUGGUGUUGUUUGAUGGUGAUUGUGAAGUGUGUUUGUAUUGUUUUUGUCUAUCACCAUUUCUAGAGGCGCCAUGUUUUCCAAUUACUUAGAGCAAAUACUUGAGUAAAAGCUGGCUACAUUAUGAGUAGAGCAAAUUUAUAGAUCGAUCUAUGAGGUUAGGAGUUAAGAUAUAGAAUGAUUUAAUUCAAUUCACAAUAUUCACUUGUAGUUAUAAAUAGAUUUUGUCUAAG